AGGGUAAGGUAACCAAAUCUGAAACCCUAACCCUAAUCCCUCAUUAGUGAGAGAGAGAGAGAGAGAGAGAGAAGAUGAAGUUCAAUCCAAGAGUUUCAAGCAGCCGCCGCAAGAGCCGAAAGGCACAUUUCACAGCACCAUCAAGCGUCCGCCGCGUCUUGAUGAGCGCGCCUCUCUCCGGCGAUCUCCGAUCCAAAUACAACGUCCGAUCCUUACCGGUCCGAAAGGACGACGAAGUUCAGGUCGUUAGAGGAACAUUCAAAGGACGCGAAGGAAAAGUUGUUCAGGUUUAUCGUAAAAAGUGGGUGAUUCACAUCGAACGCAUAACAAGAGAAAAAGUUAACGGUUCAACAGUCAACGUUGGAGUCAACCCUUCUAAAGUUGUUAUCACUAAACUCCGUUUGGAUAAGGAUCGUAAGUCGUUGCUUGAUCGCAAGGCAAAGGGUCGUGCUGCUGCUGAUAAGGAAAAGGGUACUAAGUUUGCUCCUGAAGAUAUCAUGCAAACCAUUGAUUGAUUAGGGUUUUUAUUUUAUUGUUAUAACUAGUUUUGUUUUUAUUGUUGGAUCUGAAAGGAUCGAAUUGAGUAUUUUGUGAACUUUAAGUUUUGUGUUUUAAUUUAAUGAAUGAAAUGAAAUGUUUUUACAUUAUCAUUGGUAA